AUGGGGUUCCUGGGUGCGGCGCUGAUUUUCCUAGCACAGUUCUGGGCCCCACAAGGAGCCACAGGCCUGAGUGUGCAGCAGGCACCCAAGUGGCUGCAGGCACGGCAGGACGGCCAGGUGACCUUGGUCUGCCAGGUGGAGCAGGCCCAGGCCUGGGAGCAGCUCCGUGUUGAGUGGACCAAGGAUGGUGACACCUUGUGCCAGACACAGGUCACCAAUGGCAGUCUCAGCGUGGGUGUCUGCGGGCCCCGGGGCUGGCUUUCCUGGCAGCAGCCUGGCAAUCUCACCCUGCAGCUGGAUCCUGUGAGUCUUAACGACAGUGGGCUUUAUGUGUGCUGGGCAACUGUGGAGAUCCCUGGGCUAGAGGAGGCCCAGGGCAACGGGACGCAGCUCCUGGUGGAGACAGACGGCUCGCUACUGAACCAGGGCGUCUCAGGUGAGCUCCACCACGUGACUCCGCUCUGGCCCCGCCCCCCGGGCCCGCCCCCCAUCGGACCAACCACAACUCCCUCCACCCCAACUCCCAGGAAUUUUCUUCGCGCUGCUGGUGACCGGGGUUGUGGCCGUUGCCGCUUUCGCUCUAGGCGCCUGGGUCUGGGCCCGCUGCUGCCGUCGGCAUAGGGAAGCAGGGAAUCCACUCUACAGCAACGUCUUAUACAAGCCUCGGAGGGCCCCAAGGAAGAGUGAGGCAUGGCCU